AUGACCAUCGUGGAGAUAUUGGAGGUCAGCAGGAGCAUCAUUGAAAUAGACCUUGCAUCAGCUAAUUUUGGCGAUGCGGCCGUUCAGGCACUCGCUGGGGCCUUGAAGCUCAACAAGACCUUGACCAAACUCGGGCUGGCGGACAAUGAAAUCACCGAUGCAGGAUUACGGGCUCUUGCAGAUCAUGUGAAGUCCAACGAAACCCUUGUCAGAAUCUGCCUUGCAAGAAGUUGCAUCAGCGACACUGGCAUGGAGAUCUUCGCAACGGCGCUGAAGCUCAACCACACUGUUGCCGACCUUGACUUGCAGCACCAGGCCUUUUUGGAACGUGUUGUGCACAGGCGGCGUGUGCAUCACAAGAGCGGUGGUUAUCUAGAUUUUGAUUGGAGCUCGCAUUCGGAAAGUGAAGACGAGGUGGUGAUACACCGACAUAGGUCGUUGGGAGUUGCUGGGAUCCGGGCUGUCUCAGACAUGCUGAUGACCAAUGUUGCGCUCAUGAGUCUGAACCUUGAUGGCAAUCACGUGGAGGAUACAGGUGCUGCGGCAAUCGCAGAGGCCUUGCGGGUCAAUGGCACGGUGACGCACCUCAGUCUGGCAGAGAAUGAUCUUGGUGACGCAGGCGCGGUGGCUCUCGCGAAGGCAUUAGAAGUCAAUACCAGUGUCACCCAUGUGAGUCUGAAGGGAAAUUCAAUUGGAGACGAGGGCGCUGAGGCUUUGGCGAAUGCGCUGCGAGCCAACACAACACUCACCGUAGAACUUCUGGCCGUAAAACUUGAUUCAUGUGGCCGUCGAAACAGUGAUUCAGAAGUCUCACAGCGGAAGCUGGAUCCUGAAGACGAGAUUCUGCUGCUUUGCAGCGACGGUGUGUGGGAGUUCGUGGCUCCUCUGGAGGCCGUCAAGCUCGUUGGUGACUAUGCGCCGGAGGAAGCCAUGCAGGCAGCGAACGCUCUGGCAAAGGAGUCCUGGGAUCGAUGGAUCGAGGAGGAGGGCGGGGCUGUGGUGGAUGACAUCACGGUCGUGCUUGUCUACCUGAAGUAG